AUGGAACUUGAAGAACAUCAAAAUUCACAUACCGGAGAAAAACCAUUCGAAUGCAAUAUGUGUAAAGCGCGAUUCAAUCGUCGUUCAACACUUUGGAAUCACAAGCGAAUUCAUUCGGAUGAUAAACCAUUCGAAUGUAAUGUAUGCCGUAUGACGUUCAAAUGGAAGAAUUCGUUGAAAUGUCACAAAGAAAUGCAUCAACGAAAGAAUGAAAUGACAGGAAUCGAGAAUGAUCCAUUGGAAAAAACUCUCACCUAUGCAACGGCAGCUAAACGACGACAUCUGGAGAAUCACGAUGUUGUAAAUGUAAGUUCAAGUUCAGAGACGGGAGCAGGUAGUGUACGAUUGAUAACAAGUUCAGCAAGUGGUGUUAAUCAUUUAACAGGACCGGGAAGGCGACGUAACACCAGAUUAUCAGUGCAUUCACGAUCGACAACAUCUGCCAGAGCUGAUCUUAUCAUUGGUACUGCCAAUAUCCCAAACAAUACCAACAGAAGUAACAGCAUCGUCAACGACAACAGCAACAGCAACAAUAAUAGUAGCACCAAUUCUAGUCAUUCUCUUAUUGGUCCAAAUGAUGCAUUCAUUCAUACACCAUUACAAGCGGAUGGUUUCUUUAGUAGCCAGAAGGCAUUAUCAAUAAGUGAUCACAAAGAAUUGGAUUCAUUACUAAAUAGUACCACACGGUUAACAUCAAUGCUUAAAGAUGAUUCCGCUUUUAAAACAAAUCUAUGCGAUGAUUUGGCAAGCUUGGGGAAUCAGAGUAAUACAUUUGAUGCGAAACAAGAAAUGAAUCUUUUUCAUGCUAACCCAUUUAUGAUGUUCGGUGCCCAUCAAUUGCAAAAUCCAAUGCAACCUUUUACGCCAUCAAAUUUGGCCUUUUCAAGUAGUAACGGAUGUGGCGAUUAUUUCCAUUUGCAUUUAAACAGUCAAACCGAUCAAAUACCCCAGCAAAACCUACAACAGCAACAACAACCGUUCGUAUCCCAAUAUUCCACUCCUGGAACAUCAUCGCAAACCACAGAUAUGUUAGCCAGUCACAAUCAUAAUGUGAUUAGUUAUCAGCCACAGCUAGAAGCACCAUCAUCAUUGAUAACAUCAGCAUUGGAUUAUGCAGUAAGUGGUGAUAAUUUGGAAUAUAUGUUAAGCAAUUACUCGUCCACGAUCUCAUCUGCUGCUUCUGUUGCAUCAACGGGAAAUGAGGUACGGUCAAGUGUUGCGGAACACUUACAACAGCAACAAUAUACGGGACAAACAGCUGGUAAUAAUACAUUACGAACCGAUGAUGUGGUUGUUGCUAGUGUUGCUACUGCUAGUAAUACCGGCAAAGAGGUACCACAGGUAUCAUGGUAA